AUGAAGCCAAUCGACGAAGAAGAUAAUCUUUUUCUCAGCAGAUAUCAGUCAUCAGAACUUAAGACUGCUUCGGAGUUUUUAACCAGUUGGUUUCGUUUUUUAUCUAGAGAUCUCUGCAAAGACUGUGUUCAUGUUCUCUCCAAUCGAAUCCGUUCUCUAGACCCAGAAGAGCAUUGUAGUGACAUGACUGUUAAUGGAGAGGAUAAAGCCGGGUUCGAUUCGAUGAUGGAAAACAUGGAAUCUGAUGAAAUCGGUAAUAAUAAUAAUAUGGGCAAUGAUUAUGAUGAGAAGUUUUGUGAUUUGAAAGCUGGGGAUAUUGUAUUUGGAUCUUUGACAAACACUAUAAGAAAUACAAUAUUAGAGCCUUCUCAAUCAACUGUUAUUUCUGAGACGGCGAGUCCUCGAACGUCUUGGGCUGAUAUGGCGGCAGAAGAAGACGGCCUCGAGGAGGAGGAAGAACAUAAGGAGAGUGAUGUGAGUCCUUUCAAGACUCCUGAGAAGCGUAAAUUGUCUAGGGAGCAAAGAGAGCAAUAUCGGUUUAUGAAUGUGAAGAAAAUGAAAGUGUUUACUUGUUUUGAGAGAGUUAAAGGGAACCAAGUUAAUAUACUUGAGGGACUUGAAUUGCAUACCGGUGUUUUUAGCGCGGUGGAGCAGAAAAGGAUUGUUGAUCAUGUCUAUGAACUGCAAGAGAAGGGUCGAAAAGGAGAACUUCAAGAACGUACUUUUACUGCUCCGCGUAAGUGGAUGAGAGGCAAAGGACGAGUUACUAUUCAAUUCGGAUGUUGCUAUAACUAUGCAACAGACAAAGCGGGAAAUCCACCCGGAAUCCUUCAACACGGAGCGGUUGAUCCUAUACCGCCUCUUUUUAAAGUAAUAAUCAGAAGGUUGGUUGGGUGGCAUGUAAUUCCUCCAACUUGUGUACCGGAUAGUUGUAUCGUCAAUAUAUAUGACGAAGGAGAUUGCAUACCUCCGCAUAUCGAUAACCACGAUUUCCUCCGCCCUUUCUGCACAAUUUCAUUUCUUAGUGAGUGCAAUAUACUCUUUGGAUCAAAUCUCAAAACCCUUGGACCUGGUGAAUUUUCCGGUUCAUACUCUAUACCGCUUCCUGUCGGAUCUGUUUUAGUGCUAAAGGGGAAUGGAGCCGAUGUCGCUAAGCAUUGUGUACCUGCCGUUCCCACAAAGAGGAUAUCGAUCACGUUUAGGAAGAUGGACGAGUCGAAAAGACCAGUCGGAUUCACCCCAGAACCCGCUUUACAAGGGAUUAAGCCGUUGCCAUACGAACAGACCGCACCGAGUACUCCUGAUGUUGCAGCCAUUAGCUCAUCAAGAUCCAGCAACGACCAAAAUGGCAGUUAUUACAAGAAUCGAAGUGCACAUAGAGAAGGAAGCAAACAUCUUCAUGAGUCUAGAAAUUAUCAUCAUUCAGAGAGUCGAGAAUGGUCAUCAUCAUCAAGCCAAAGAAGAGGAAACUCACGCUCUACACCAAACAGAGCUAGAGCCAAAGUUCAUAAUCAUAAUAAUACCAACUCCGACCAUGUUUGA